AUGGCGCAGCCGGAUUCGGUCCAGGCGAACGGCAUCCCUGGACCGGACCAUGCUGAGUCCCCCCAGCCCCAGCCCGUCGUCCCCGUGAAGAGGAAGCGCGACGAUGAUGAGGAAGCCAAUGGCGAUGGAGCCGAAAAGAUGGAUGUCGAUGGCGAAACCACCCAGGUCCCGCAGGAGAGCCAGAAAGAUGCCAUUCGCAACUACUUCACUGUCUUGACCAGUUUUGAUGCAAAGCCCUCAAUUCUGAAGCGUCCGCUUCCUGAAGCCGAUGCAGAGCAGCCCGACGCGAAGCGCCAAAAGUCCGCCGACCACGCGAGCACCAUCGCCGACAAGGUCUCCAACGACUCCUACAAUCACUUGGACGAGCUGGCGUCCGACCUCGUUGAUGCCGUAAAGGAUCAGCUCAGAGAACUGCAAUCGACCGGGUCAGAAAAGGGCAAGGAGAAGACCGAUGGCGCUGCCUUGGUACAAACCAAGAAGUUCCGAGAGAAGGCUAUGGACCUUCUCCGCCGAGAGAUAUCGUACCCGCGUACAGCCGCGAAUGCCCCUGACGUCAAGGCCGAAGUUGACCCUCUCUCGGGUUAUGCGGUCUUGACAGUGUUUGGCCAGGCUCCCCAUGCCAAGCAACUCUUCUCGAGUCUGCCCAAGAAGACGUCUGGUGCGGAGAACUCUGGCAUCAAGGCAUCUCCCUUGAACCUCCCUCCGGCUGUGUCGACAUCCUAUGUUGUCCCAUCGCGAUCAAGUGAGCGGGCCGCCACACUCGGGGAAUUGUUCUCAUCUAGUCGCCCGCUGCCGUCGCUGCAACCUCCCAAACAACCCAAGCAGAUGGUUAAGGGCAAUAUUCUGGGCUUUUACCACCCUGAGCCAGCUGGCAAGUCCAAGUACUUCAACGAUUCCUAUUCGAGCAAGAAAGUGUCAGUAGGCUAUUUUCUGGACUACACCAACGCGACCCCGUCGUCGAAGAGCAAGACAAGACAGCGUGAGCGUGCGCAGAGCUUGGCAGGCCGCAGACCAUCGAGCACCGAAGUCGAAGUCAAUGAAAUGGAGUCACUAUUCCGCAGUGCGUUUUCCAGCUUUGCCCCAUGCAGAGAUGAUUCCACGUCGGUCAUACCUUCGACCCACGCCGGCCGCCUGCACUGGCAAUUGACCGGCCAACGGAAUUUCAACAAGCUUGUUGAGUCUGAGCUGCGCGAGUUUGAAGAUGAAGAUAACAUCGAGAAGCCAAUUCAACAGGCGUCCGAGAAGGAAGUCGACGAAGAGUUUGUGAAUGAGGCGAUCGAGAAAUGGGAUGAGUGGCUUGUGGACCCCGCACUGCAAGACAUGAAUGACGUAGUCUCGAAGCCCAAGGAGAAGGAUCCCGCCGACAAGGAGGUUGAUGCUCUUCUCGACGAUGUCACUGACAUGAUUGAGACUCUCCUCUCCUACCAGCGCAUCCGCAAUCUUACUCUGCUCCCAUCGCAAAACCGCUAUGCAGGUGACCCGGUCAAUGGCGAUCUGCUGUCUCAUGGUGCUGUCUCAACUCCAACGGAGGAGGAGACUGCGACAUACGAGACGCUCAAGGCCCAGUUGAGUCUCAUCGUCAACAGUCUCCCCCCUUACGCUGUAGCCAAGCUCAACGGCGACCAGUUGGAGCAACUGCUCAUCAGCACGAAGCUCGAGGUCCGAACAGACCAGUACAAGGGUGUCAUGGAAGACGAUGCGGCAACUCAAGCUCGUAUGCGCCAACAGCAGAGUGUGGCUGCUGCGGCUCCUCAAAAUCGGCCCGCCCCUCAUCGCACGCCGAGCGCGUCGACCCCGUACAACCAAUACGGGGCGAACCAAUACGGCACCCCGUCCCGGACCCCUUCCGUUGCAACGACCAACUACUACCGUGCCGGUCAGCAGCCGACGAUGCCCCAGCAGCAAGUUCCUCGUCCAGGUGGCACUCCCCACCACAUGCCUCCGCAUCAGACGCCGCGCCCUGGCCAACCCGGUGGAUAUCGCCCAACAAAUGGAUACACCAACUACGCACAGCACGUCGGAAAGACACAAACACCCUAUGGUCACCAGGGUGUUCAAUACGGAUCACAGCAGAGGCCCCCACAGUACCCUGGAUAUGCUGGAACACCAACGCAUGGCACGCCUAAUGCUCGUUUCCAGCAGCCCUAUCAGCAGCCGUACCAGCAGCAGCACCAUCAGCCGCCUAGCACUCCGCAGCCAAAUUACGGCGGCUACUAUCCCAACGGAGGGAACAAUAUGCAACCGCGCAUGUCACCGCAGGUGCCGGCCGGCCAGUAUCAGUCUCCGACUCCGCACCAGCAGCAACGGCACUAUGGGUCGACUCCUCAGCAGAACAUGCCUGGCACGCCCAUCAAUCGUCAACAGUAUCCGAACGGUAGCCACCAGUCGCAACACACACCAAAUGCCGGCAUGAAUGCUAUGACGGGUUACAAUAUGGCUGUUUACGAAGCCGACCGGAAGCGCAUGGCGGCCGAACAAGCCAGGUUCAGGGCCGCGGCGCAGCAAACGAGCAAUGCGUUUGGCAACAAGAUGAUUGCAGGCGGUCACGAGGCGCGCGUAGCUGCGGGCGAAACGCCCAAGCCACAAAGCCCCGUUGGCAGUGCUGGCAGAAACGGAACGCCUCCCAUACCCCAUAAAGUGACGCCUGUGCCCAUACCCGUCAUACCUCAACAGCAGCAGAGAAAACAGGUUUAG